GGGGAAAUCAGUCUGAAUUGAGAUAGUGCGACUAGAGGUUGAUUAAUGUCAUCAUGAUCCUCUUCUAUUUCGGGAUCUUCGGGUUUACCGAGGUGUCUUCUAAGGUACUGGGACUACUGGAAGGAGCCGAUUGCACACCACUUGGAGGAGGCCAAGGUGUUUGCAAAUUACUUUCUAAAUGUGGGACGAUCGGUGACUACAAGAACAACCAUCCUCCGAUUUGCAGCUUCACCGGAAUGAGUUUCGAACCAAACGUAUGUUGUCCGAAGAAGCAACCUCAUAUCAGCGAGUCAGGUCGCAAGGUGAAGAAAAUUUGUGCUGAGCUAAAUAAUAUAGCUUCAAAUCCACAUCUAAUGGUUUCAAAUAUUACUAUUGAAGGAUUUCAAUCCACUAAACAGGAUGCAGUUCUUGCUCUAUCUCCGAAGAACCAUAAUGGAUCUGGAAUUGCAUAUAUGACUGGUGGAGCCAUAUACCAAUCCUCUAAUGCAUUUCCUGUCAAAAUUAGGAGCAAAUAUCCCUAUAUGACUUUGAUUGGGUUUUGUGAUAAUGAGAAAGAGCGUUGUGAUAUUAGUGAGGCGAAAUGGAAAUGUGGUGGAUCUCUCAUAACCCCGUGGUAUGUUUUGUGUGCGGCUCACUGUGCUGUUACUCCAUAUGACUCUGCCAAAUGGGCCAGACUAGGAAAUUUGAAAAUCAAUGAUUCUACAAAAAGCACAGUGAACAAGAGGAUCGAACGUAUGAUGUUUUACCCGCAAUACCAAAGCACCCAACUAUAUCAUGACAUUGUACUCUUUAAACUGGAAAGUGAGGUUGAAUUCAAUUGCGAUGUAUUACCUGUAUGCCUCCAAACUGAAAGGGAUAUAAAACAGAAUAAGGCUAACAUUGCCGGUUGGGGAAGGACUGGUUCCUCUCAACAUAUGAAUAAUCAUCUACUUGAAGCAGAAGUAAACAUAUACAAUGAUACUGAAUGUAACAAGCUUAUGUUUGAAUGUGUGGAAUGUAAAAAAGAGGCCAUCAGGAUGCCAAGAGGCUAUCAGUCUGACUACAUGUUCUGCGCCGGAGAUCCUGAAAAUGGAACAGAUACAUGCCAGGGUGAUUCUGGCGGUCCAUUGGUAACACGAAGCGCUGAAUAUCCGCAUCUCGAUAUUCAGAUUGGAAUAACGUCUUUUGGAAAGAAAGGAUGUGGCGGGAAGCGAGAUGCUCCAGGAGUGUACACCAGGGUAUCCAACUACAUACCUUGGAUAGAAGAAGUAGCUUUUAAAGAUGUUUCAGAGUGAAAUUUUUAAAACUCUACAAAUGUUCUUUAGAAUUAAAACAAAUAUAUAUUUUGUUAUACCG